GCCCACGAUGCUAAAUGACAAGCGGUGAAAAAUUUCCGCAUCAGCGACAAUGCCCGAGCGUGAGGCUAGACUGACUAUCGUCGAAACUGCCUUCCCUUAACGUAUUCCUUACUUAUCUCUUAUCGUUGUUUCCACUUCCCCACGUCGUUCCUUCCUGUCACUUACCCCAGACUCGCUUCUUUGUUACGACAGUGCGCUCCUUUCGUAUCGACUCUCAGAUGACCAUCAGCCACUCAGGCCCUUGCCUGCCGCCUUCCAGCAGCCUUCCUCCUAUCCGCUCGUUGAUCUGUGCAAGUGAGGAGCAAGUCAGCGCAGCACUUCGCGGUCUACAGACUCUGUACUGCCCCUUGCGACUACCGAUUUUGCCGAAGUCUAGCGUCCGGCGCAAGGACCUUCCAGCAGCGUCAGGUGUCUCUACGCCCGUCCCAGUCGAUUCCGGUUACGUCUCGCAAGAUGAAGACGAGGAUGAUGAGGCCGCUGCCGAGGAGGUGACAGCAGCCGUCCGUGCUGAUCCUUUCGAGCGCACCUUUGCGACAAGAUGGCUCACAUCGUUGAUCUCGAGAAUCGAAGAGAUGGACAUCACCGAGGAUGCCAAGGCCCAGAUAGUCGAUGACGCAGGGUUCAUUUUGUCUUCGUUCACAGGCUCGAUGAACGAUGAAGAAGAGGAAGCUCUCACCCGCGAAUUCUCGUUUCCAACCGAUCUCGGCGCACCGAUCGAAGUGACCUUGAACGAUGCCCCUCUGACUGGCACCGAUCACACUGACGUCGGGCUUCAGUCCUGGGGUGCAAGCAUUGUGCUGAGCAGUAUGAUGUGCGCCGACCCUGAUCGCUUUGGGCUUACAUCAACAUCACUUCCGGGACGGCCUUCGAUCAUCGAGCUCGGUGCUGGCACUGGGCUCGUGAGUCUGACACUGGCAAAGCUGUUACCCAGUCUCGGUGUACGCCCCGCCGGUAUCUCGGCGACAGACUACCACCCCACAGUCCUGGCCAACCUCCAGGAGAACAUCAACACCAACUUCCCUCCCGGCGAGAACGUAAACAUGCCAGUGAGUGCUAUGGCAGUCGACUGGUCCCUGCCACCGCCCGAUCUGGGGUCAUCAUCAGAGCUCCUCAUCGCCGCAGACGUCGUCUACGCACCCCAACAUGCCGCUUGGCUACGCGACUGUGCUGCACAGCUGAUCACUGGUGAUGGCGCGUUCUGGCUGAUCGUCACUGUCAGACAGAACGGGAAGUUUGAGGGCAUUCCGGACACUGUUGAGUCAGCUUUUAUGCCGGAGCUUUGCCCGAAGGAUGGUCAAGGUCGAUCGUUCAUGAUCCUAGAACGAAAUGAAGUCGAGAAGCGGAGAGGCGUCGGAAGGGGCGAUGAGACGGGGUACAAUCUGUACAAGAUCGGCUGGGCUUAGCACAUAAGUCAAUUAUAGACGGCGUUCAAGGCGUCGAUGAAGCUUUAGCGUGCAUUGGGAUAAUAGGCUAGAUUCAUGAGAUAGACCACAUAUAGAGAGACGUCAUGUAGAACGAGGCAAUGCGACCAGAAUUCAUUAUCAGGGGCAUCUGCCUAAUC